AUGGAAAUACCAAACUAUGUUAGCAUCGAUGACAAUGAUAAAAAAUUCAAACAGUUAUAUUCUUAUAUGCCAUCAGACACAUUUCGAAUGUUGAUUUGUGGAAAUAGUGGAAGUGGUAAAACUAAUUUGUUGUAUCAUAUGCUAAUUAAACCACUGUUGUUCUACGAUGAGAUUUAUCUCUGUGUGCGUAAUUUAGAGCAGCAAAAGUAUCAAAAGCUGAUUCAAAAAAUGAGAGAGUUUUCCCAUAAACUAGGAUAUGAAGUACUUCAUGUGAGUAAUGAUGAAAUAACCCCAGUAACAGAACUGGAUUACGAAGACAACCAAAAACUUGUGAUAUUUGAUGAUUACGGCUGUGAUAAAAACCAAAGACAAAUCAUUGAUUAUUUCAUUGAAGGACGACAUAAGAAUUGCUCAGUAAUCUACCUCAGUCAGUCGUUUUACAAAACUCGAAAGGAUAUUCGGCUGAACUGUUCAAACUACUGUUUAUACGAAUUUCCAUCAUCGCGAGAGGCAAACAGAAUAUCAUCUGAGUUGGGAGUUGAUAAAGCGCAUUAUAAGGCAGCAACUAGAAAACCGUACACAUUUCUCUAUGUUGAUAAACCAAAGAAAGUCAUUUCAAAAAACUCCACUGAUUAUAUAUGCAAUAAUUAAAAUGGGAAUAUUUAACGAACAUUCUUAUAAUCAUCCUUUUGCCCGCGGAAUUCAAGGCACUCCAGGAGUUGGAUUUAGUCUCACCGCAGAUGGAAAUUAUGAUAUGGUUGGUAAAAAACUAAGAAAUGUUGGUGCUCCGGCAUCCAACACCGACUCGGCAACAAAGAAAUAUCUUGAUGAGAAUUCUGGCGGUUGAAAAACAUCAUUAUUAACAGUUGAUUCCAACGUUGAUAUGAAAGAUACAUACCGUAUUCUAAACCUUAAAUCUCCAUCUGAUGCAGAUGAACCAGCCACAAAACAAUACGCUGAUUCAAGAUUCUUUUUUAGAAAUGGAAGUCAUCCAAUGACUGGUAAUGUCAAUAUGAAUAAUAAUAAAAUCAAGAAUCUUCCAGAUCCAACAGGAUAA